UACAAAUGACGGACUUACUUAUUUCAUCAGCAUCUGAGAUAAUAGUCCGCGCGCGAACUCUUGAAACUGAUGGGAAACUUACCCAGUCACUAGUCUGUUAUGAAGAAGGCAUUGGAUUGUUAUUGAAAUGUUUAAAAUGCUCAGUUGUAGUAGAUUCUAAACUAAAAUCAAAUUUAAAGACAAAAAUUGAAUCCUAUAUGACACGGGCAGAGGAAAUAAAGCAAAGCAUAAAGAAUAAGCAGAAGGACGGGAAAUUCCACGAACAUAUUGACAUUAACGAGGAUGAUACUGGUUUUGGGUACCGUCGAUUGUUCAACAGAUUCCUUGAUGAGGGGAAUGUUACAGUUGUUAAUAUUGAUGAUCCGUAUAUUCGAAAUUCAUUCCAGGUGAGCGAAUUUCCUACGCAUAGUCUUAAGAUUGAAAACUUUUCUCAUUUUUGUGAAGUGAUCGUCUCUUCGCCCUCUCCAGUCCAGCAAAUUAUCCUUCAAACAGGAUCUGAUUCAGAUAAAAAUCACGAACAGUUGAAAAAAUUUAACAACGGCUGGGUGGUGAAAAUUGGUCGGGGUUUAGACUACAUUAAGAACAAUCCCAACAAGUUCGCUGGUCUGGGCGUCCAUGAUUUUGACUUUAGGCCGUGUCGACAGACCACAGUGGAUAUAUUCUAUGAAGGUGCUCCACCAGUAUAG